AUGGAUUCCGAAGAAGAAAAGAAAGAAGACAAAGGCGAACACAUCAACUUGAAAGUGAAGGACCAGGACAACGCCGAGGUGCACUUUAAAGUGAAGAUGGGUACCAAGUUUAAGAAGAUCUUCGACGCGUUCUUGCAGCGCAAAUCUCUCCAACCCGGGUCCGUUCGAUUCUUAUUCGACGGGGAGAGAGUUAGAGAGGACCAAACGCCGCAAGAGUUGGACAUGGAAGACGGCGACUCGUUGGACGUCAUGAUGGAACAAGUCGGAGGGAAGUAA